AUGGGCUCAGUUGUAUUGCCUCAUCUUAUUACUGGAUGGCACGUCGACCAGGCCAUCAUGUCUGAAGACGAGCGUCUGGUCAUUAUCCGCUUCGGUCGUGAUUGGGAUCCUGAUUGUAUGCGACAGGAUGAGGUCCUCUAUCGUAUUGCCGACCGUGUCAAGAACUUCGCUGUCAUCUACGUCUGCGAUCUCGAUCAAGUCCCCGACUUCAAGCAGAUGUAUGAACUCUACGAUCCUAUGACCCUCAUGUUCUUCUUCCGCAAUAAACACAUGAUGUGCGAUUUCGGUACCGGUAACAAUAACAAACUCAACUGGGUUCUGGAGGACAAGCAGGAGUUGAUCGAUAUCAUCGAGACGAUUUACCGUGGAGCGAAGAAGGGUCGUGGUUUGGUUGUUAGUCCAAAGGAUUACUCCACUAGAUACCGAUACUAA